AAGUCUUUCUAUUCAUUAAAACUGCCUAUCAUUUUAGGAAAAUGGAGAGAUACGGACUUUCGCAGCGUGGUGCUGCCAAUGUCGAGGCCAUUUGGCCGAGAAUUGAAAAUGCCGUGGCGGAGAGAGAACGCCUUGAAGACCCCUGUAUAGAUAUGGCGACGUCUGAGAACUGGCUUCUUCGUGACGAACUUAUACAACUCUAUAAGGAUGCUAUUCGGGAAAACUUCUUCGGUAAACAUCUAUCAUACCCAAACGGCUUUGCGGGCGAUCAAGAUCUUCUGGAUGCUAUAGAGAAGUUUUUCAAUUCUUAUUUUAAUCCGCGCAUACCUGUCGCCCGAGAGCAUAUCGCAACUGCGCCGGGAGCGGCCUUUUCGCUAGAUGCUUUGUUGUACAACAUAGGCGAAGCAGGAGACGGCCUCCUUAUCACGACUCCGGCUUGGAAUGGAUUUGACUGGCUCAUCAAGGUCAAGUCCGGGAUACACCCAGUCUUUGUUACAAUAGCCUGCUUCGAGGAUAUCUUCACACCGAAAUUGAUCCAAGCACUGGAAGACGCAUUCGAUCAGUCACCGUAUCCCAUUAAAGGGUUACUUUUCACAAAUCCAAAUAAUCCAUUCGGUCAAGCCUAUCCUAAGGAGACCAUCGUGGAGAUCAUCAAGUGGUGUGAUAAGAGGAAGAUUCACCUCAUCUCAGACGAGAUUUAUGCACUCUCCAAGUUCCCAAAUCCUGAUCUGCCAGACCCUGUGCCAUUCAUCUCUCUGUUGGAGAUCGACAUUGUCGAGCUAGGUUGUGACCUGUCUCGUAUGCAUACCAUUUGGAGUAUCAGCAAAGACCUUGGCUCUAGCGGCCUGAGAAUGGGUUGUUGCAUUACUCAAGGAAACAGACCUCUAGCUACUGGGAUGUCUCUGGCUUCAAAUACACAGAUGUCAUCGCUUACAGCAAUUGCGACUACAAGCCUUCUGUUGUCGCCAGAGCUCCCGCGCCUCUUGAAACUCAAUUCGCAGCGGCUCACUGAAGCAUAUGUACAGUUGACUACGUUACUACGGGCCAGAGGUCUUCGGUGGAUUCCGGCGAACAUGGGACCUUUCAUCCUCGUGAAAGUAGCACCAAGCGCGAAGACAUGGGAGGACGAGGCGGCGGUGAUUCAAGCGUGCAAAGGAUUCGGCGUAUCUCUCUCUUUGGGUCGUGGCUACCACGGCCCAGAAAGUGAGAAGGGCUGGGCGCGGCUCAACUUUGCUCUUGCGCCUGGACAGUUGACCGAGGCUCUUCGCAGACUCUCCCUAGGACUAGAUAGUGUGACGCAGCAAGGUGUGAGCACGCAGGUGGUUUAG